AUGGUUUUUCCUGAAAUUGACUCCGACAAUCCUGUCGUGAUGAGGUUGAAUCACUUACUGCGACGGGCACGCAUUGUCAAACCGAGUACUUCAAUCGAUCCACCACUACAAGUUUCGGAACUUGUGCCUGACAAUGAGCUUCUGUUGGGUGAUAUAGAAGGCAUGAAGCAACUUGCAGUGGAGAGUGCGGCACGAAAUGUGUUUUAUGCGAAUCUUGGAGCAAGUAAAAUCGACGAGCCUUCCUUCGUAACCAUCUGGAAUCUGUUCGAUAUCAUACAAUACUGCUGCGAUCGUGAUUUCUGUUCGCCGCAGCUAACAUUGCUGCUCAUGGAGGAAUUGCUCGACAGUCAAUCUAUUGAGGAAUGUUACAAAUCUUUCAGCUUCCUUGAAUCACGAAGAGAGGCCAUUAUUGCAAUCAGCUCCAAGAACAAAGACCUAGUCAUCCUUCGGCUGUGUAACGAGUUGCUUCGUAGGGUGUCUCGCGCAGAAGACCCAGUGUUUAGUGGGCGCGUAUAUAUCUUCAUGUUCCAGAGCUUCCCGCUCGGAGACAAAAGCUCAGUGAACCUCCGUGGAGAAUUUCAUGUGGAGAAUGUGACAACGUUCGAGGAUUACUUGAAGGAGUCAAACGUAAGCCCGGACCUUAUGCAAGUCGACACGAAUGAGUCUGAGGCUGUUGUGAACGACCAGUCGAAGCCGGACGACAAAGCAGUGGAGAUUGGGGGUUCCGACAACCACAAAGACGAACCCGCUACCAUGGACAUCGAUGCUCUUUACCCAGUAUUCUGGUCCCUACAGCACUCGUUCUCAAAUCCUCCCAGUCUCUUUGAAGAGGACAAGUUCAAGCAUUUCCAGAAGAGCUUAGAGGCCACACUUGCAAAGUUCAAGGUGGUACCAAAGGUUAUUCAAUCCGGAGACUCUGAUCGGAAGAAGGGGUCAAAGCCACGGUCAGACGACAACUAUGACGCGUUCGCAAACACGUUCAAUCCUAAAUAUCUCACGAGCCGUGACUUGUUCAAGCUUGAGCUGAGCGAUCUCGCUUUCCAACGUCAUAUUCUUGUUCAAGCGCUGAUACUCGUCGACUUCCUCUUGACGCUAACGGAGAAGUCAAAGAACAAGGCGUUGUAUCAGAAUGCGCAAAAAGCAAUGCAAUAUGAUUUCACGCUCCGCGACGAGGAUACCGCAUGGGCAUCGGGCAUCAGAACCACUAUCGCAAAUUACCUGCAGGAGGGCCCAGACGGCAAGUUCUACUAUCGUAUGGUGGAUACUGUGCUGUCUCGCGACAAGAACUGGGUUAGAUGGAAGAUGGAGAACUGUCAACCAUUCACCCGCGACAGGGUUCCUACAAAGGCUUUUCUCGAGGCAAGGUCUGGGGCACAAAAGGCAGUGGGUCAGAAAAGACCUCCUAAGCCACUAGGCGUUGGCAGUUCCUUUGACUUCCUACGUAAUACUGAGGCAGAAAAGGGACUCUCACAGCUCCGCAAAGCCGACAGGUUCAAUGUACCAAACGCAGAGUCGUACGCGAAGAAGGUUCAAACUACAGAUUUGGACCUGGAGAUUGCUGGAACAGAGGAAGUGAAGCGUGAAUUGGAAGACAAAAAGUCCAGUUACGUCUGGCGAGGGCUUCGUCUAGCCUCCAAGCAACAGCUGAGUCUUUUCGACAAGAUCGACCCCGGCAAGGGUCUGGAAGCACUCCAUUCGGUGAGUUCUUCAACAGAGGCCACGAGUAACGACACCGCACGCGUUUCUCUAGAAAGUGGAGACCAUGGCAUCGAGGAGGGACGGGCCGGUGAACAAAGUCAAAUUACUGUGGACACGGUGGCGGAGCAGUGA